AUGAACGACUUUAAACAACUUUUGGAAACCAAAGAAGGAUAUGAUGUCAUAUUUUACAUUGGGGAAGAACCGAUUGCCAGGAAAUUUUACGCACACUCACUUAUACUUGGGUGUAGAUCACAAUAUUUCUCAAUAUUAUUUUCAAAUGUAAUCGAGAAAGUGGAUGGAUGUUAUAAUAUAAAGAAACCAAAUAUCCCUUCGGAAAUUUUUCAUCAUAUCUUAAGUGGAGAAGAAAUAUUAAAUAUAAUAGUAGCGGCAUCGGAAUUUUAUUUACAAAAUCUUGUUGAACAUUUAAAAGAAUACCUCUGUACAAAUCGUAGGGAGAUAUUGCAAAGCAAUCCUCUCGAACUUCUCGUGUUAUCCUUUCAACAUGAAUCAUUAUUUUCAUUACAAGAGAUGAUCAUUAAACUAAUCUGUCAAAAACCAAAAGUAAUUUUUAAUACACGAUAUUUUUAUUGCCUUCCACCAAAUGUCUUGGAAACGUUGAUUAAAAGGGAAGAUUUGAUAUUAGAUGAAAUAAUUAUCUGGGAAAAUUUAGUUAAAUGGUGCAUAUAUCAAUGUAAAUAUUUUGAAAAUGAAAAGGAUAUUUAUAAAAUCAAUUUGAGUGAUGAAGAAUUCAAUAACAUUAAAGAAACACUUGAGAAUUAUAUUUAUUUAAUUAAUUUUCAAGAAAUAUCUGCUAGAGACUUCCUUAACAAAGUGAUGCCAUAUGAAGAAUUAUUACCAAGAGAACUUAAAAAGGACAUUUUAAGAUAUCAUAUGUUACCAGGCAUUGAAAGUCCGGACAACUCAAGUCCAGUCAACACACCAGAACCUUCUCAAUCCCCUACGCCAUCAUUAAGGGCCAUAAGAUGUUUCAAAGGUUGGGGUCCCAUAUUCGGUAAUUUAAAUGGUGAUAGCAAUGAUUUGGCCAUGACAAGUUUGGGUAAUUGGAGUUCAAGCAGUGGUUCUUAUGAAAAUGUCGGAAUCCCUAAUCAUUUUAAAGUUGAGGAAUGGGAAGUAUUUCAGAUAAAGAAGAAGAAAGAAUAUGAAUUGUUAGCUCGAGCUUAUUAUUUUCCAGGAAUGGAAAUAAUGUUGAAUGAUUAUUUAUUAUCCUAA